AUGACGCUAAGAUCCGUAGCUAGAAUACUCAAGAGAAAUUUUGCGACACAGCAACAGCAACAUCUUGAGCCCCCUGUGCUCAUCAAAAACCAUUUGGCAAGUCGCCAACUCAUUUUAAACAGACCAAAAAGACUGAAUGCGUUGGAUAUGGAAAUGGUGGACAUUAUGUAUCCUAAUUUGAAGGCGUGGGAAGAAUCAAAUCAGGUCAAUGUUAUCUUGCUCAAGGGUGUUGGCAGAGCGCUGUGUGCAGGAGGAGAUGUGAAAGAUGUCAUCAACCAGUUGAAGGAUCCUCAGAGAAUCCCUAAUUUAGAACAUCAGAUUGAUACAGAAUAUGAGAUGAUCCAUUUCCUAGGUACCAUGAAGACGCCGUACAUUGCUGUCAUGGAUGGAAUUACAAUGGGUGCUGGCGGGGGCCUUAGUGUGCUCAGUCCAUUCCGAGUGGCUACUGAAAAUACUCAAUUUGCCAUGCCAGAGACGGCCAUUGGCCUUUUCUGUGAUGUGGGAGCUAGUUUCUUCUACUCUCGUCUAGAUGGCCAAUUGGGCCCUUAUAUGGGCUUGACAAGUCGAAUCGUAAAAGCUGAAGAUGCGCUAUUCUCUGGUAUUGCUACUCAUUUUGUCCCUUCCUCUCGCUUGGAAGCAUUGGAAUCUCGUUUGGCAGAAAUAGAUGAGCCUACUCAUGAUUUAGUUCAUACCACUAUCGAAGAAUUUGCAGUAGAGAGAGACCACUCUCCCCGUACCUACACGCUGCAUGGUGAGCAUAGAAUGAUUGUGGAUGAUUGCUUCCAAUACGACACUGUAGAGGAAAUUGUCAAGGCAUUAAAAGACAAUGGAUCCAAAUUUGCAUUGGACACACUAGACACAAUGAUGAAGCGGUCUCCUACUAGCUUGAAAGUGACACUGGAGCAUCUUCGAAAAGGUUCCAAACUGUCUGUCAUGGACUGUUUGAGAAUGGAGCAUGUGUUGUGGCAAACUGUUCCUUUUGCUCGUGAUUUUGUAGAAGGUGUCACUUCGCAUGUCAUUCACAAGAGAGCCCCUCAAUGGAAUCCUGCAAAAUUAGAAGAUCUAGAUUUGCAUAACGAUAUUAGAGUCAAAUUCUUCCAUGCCAAUGUAAAGAGACGUCUCAAUUUCCGCAACAAAGAAGAUUAUCAUCUCCAUCCUUACCGUAGAUAUGCUUUGCCUUCUGAAAGAGAAAUUUUGGAUACAAAGGCGUUGCAUAACCUAAAGUAUACCGAGGAAACAAUCAAAUGGUUCGACAAUGACAGAAACGGCAAGUUUGGCGUUCGGCAAAAGGUCCAGGAUGUAUUAUAUCGGGCAUCUGCUGCACUUUAG